ACUCUUCGGCGGCGCGCACCUGGCGCAUAUAGCGCCAGGGCGCGCCCGGUGCGAGGCUUUCCCUCCUUUGCUUCUCUUCUUCCGUUUUAUUUCAUAGACGUGCGCGGAGCCCUCGAAGCAGCUUCACCCCGCUUCGCGCCCUGAACGCGCCGACAAUGAACGCGUCAACCGCGUACAGCGAAGAGGAGAUCGCGGCGUAUGCGCGCCUGUAUGAGGGGAACCUGAUCCCCAUGUAUGCGACGGUCGUGGGUCUGGCAUGGGUGUACUAUGACUGGGCAUUAACGAUCGAUGACGAAGUCCGUUACGUCUGGCCGCAGAAGAUGAACGUCGGGAAGGCCAUAUACCUGUGGAUACAAUGGCUCGCUCGAAUACAUCCCGCGAUGACGAAUCCUAUGCUAUGUAUAAUCAUGGACCCCGUAGACCGCCUGUCCGGCGCUGUCCUUCUCUGGUCCGUCGAGAUCAUCAUGCAGCUACGCAUCUACGCGAUCUACGAACGCUCGGCGAAGGUCGCCUACGUCAACAUCUUCCUCUUCCUCAUCUCCAUCGCCGGCUUCUUCUACGUGCUCAUCACUAACGUCCUCCUCCGCGAGGACGCGAUAAAGCACGUGCUGGACCUGCCCCUGCUGGGUUGCCCAGCGAUCCAGACGGCGACGGAGUGGGCGCAGUGGUUGCCUGCGACAAUAUUCGAAGGCAUCCUCUUCGGCUUCGUCCUGUAUCGCUCGUUUCGCAUCAACUUUCGUAACUUGCGCGCCGGGCGCGGCGUCUCACUCUACGAAGUUAUCAUCAAGGACCACAUUCGAUAUUGGGUGGGAGUAAGCACCUUGCUCGUGCUGUGCAACCUCAUGGUCGUCGGAACGACGAAGAUUCCGUGGUUCGGGUUUGGCCCCUUCCACGCCGGCCUCGGCGUGGCCACCACGCGCAUGCUGCUCAACAUCCGCGAGGCGGCCGAGCGCACCGACUAUUCCAUAUACCUCGGGACGGCGCCGAGGAGGGACAGGAGCGAUGAUUCGGAGACGCUCAAUGAGUUCACGGCGACGGUCGAGUUCAGGCCGUCGGGGAGCGCUGAGAGUCGGUGGGAUGAGGAGGAGGAGACGAUGGAGAUGGGGGCGAUAAAGCAUAGUCAGAGUGUUCUGGAGGCGAGGCCCACGACAACGAAGGGUGCGCAGAGCUUGACGGGACCGGCUCUCAGCUGGGAACCGACGCAUAGUCAGGCGUGUAUGGCGUACAAGCGGGAGAGCCCGUGUCUUCGCCACGGGUGCCUCAGAUAG